AUGGUCGAAAGACUGCAUCGGCAAUUAAAGGCUGCCAUAAAAUGCCAUGAGAAGGAAAAUUGGGUGGAUCGGCUACCUAUAAUUCUCCUUGGAAUCCGCAUGGCGUACAAAGAGGACCUGAAGGCCACCGCGGCCGAAAUGGUGUACGGUGCAGGUAUACGUUUACCCGGAGAAUUUUUUAUCGAAAGUAGUAAGGAAGGUAGUUCGGAGUUCGCAAACCAAAUGCGUGAACAUAUUCAGAAACUGCGACCUGUACCAGCGUCGAGACAUGGUGCGAAGAAAACGUUCGUUUUCAAAGAACUUUCCUCGUCUCCAUUUGUAUUCGUUCGUCAUGACGCUGUAAGAGGCACAUUGCAACAAACCUACGAUGGACCCUUCCAAGUCGAAAAACGCGACGAAAAGUAUUUUACGCUAAAAAUUAACAAUAAAAGUGUAAAGAUAGCGUUAGACAGAAUAAAACCGGCGUAUAUAACGAAUUGCGAGCUAGAACAAAAUGUAAUAUCGCAAGAGGAAUCUGAUAACGAUGAGAUUGGUGUGAGUUUUGUAAUGUGGUACAGAUUAGAUUCUGAUUUUCUGUAUCCUGUAUCUAUUUUAUNAGUCGCUCUUGUCACUACGCGUAGUGACAAGAGCGACUGUGUUUGA